CGCACACAGACUCAACCAACAAAGUCAGUUAUACACCACACACAGGAUCAACCCCUCCCCCUGCACUUUUCCUGUCUUUUUUUCUUCUUCGCAGUCAAGGUGUUUCAAUCUUCACGACACUCAUUCCAACUUGUGUCGUCCAUUAGCAUUCUUGACUGGGCGUUGUUUUCUUUUUGACUGAUUUCAUGGAUCAAGUCAAAAUACACGCCAUUGAGCUACUGCAAUUUAUCCGGGUCACUCCACUCACCGCCUUGUCCAAUUUCUUUUUCAUCGAGUCAUUAUAGAUACUCUCAAAGAUAGCAAUUCAACAUUUGCUCCAAUAUUCGAUUUGGGUUUCCAAACGUCAAACGGAUUAAGCUCAAUUGAUUGAAAAUCGUGUUUCCACUAGAAGAUGAGUGCCGCACCAUCCCCGGUGGACCUCAAUGAUGAAGGCCUUCGCGAGAGAUCGUCAAAACAAGUUGGAUCUACUGAGAAGGCCAAGGAAACUGUGCAACAGUUGAAUGCACUCGAAGAGGAUGAUGCCAAAGAUGAGAAGGAAAAGCGCACUUUUGGAAGAACCCCUGAUGGCACCAUUUUUACGGUUCCUCAAACCCAUGACAUGGUCUCACAGUUGCUGUCCCCUACGCAACCCAAGAAUCUUUCCGAUGUCAUCGUCUUGGCCGUGCUCGCCGUGCACAUUCUUGCUCUUUGGGCUCUGCCAGCUUGUGCCCGAACUCCCGUCUUCGCCGUAGUUUUUCUGCUCUGGCGAGCGGGAUACAAUGCCGGAAUUGGCUAUUUGCUCCAAAUCCAGUCAAAUCACAACCGCCUGGUGAACUGGGCUAAGCGGUUCAAGAUCUUCGUCAACCCCUCCACUGGCGACAACCCUCACCCGCAGUUGUAUAAACUGCUAAAGCGGGAAAUGGAGACAAAAAUUCCCAAGGAUUAUAAGUUUGAGGAAGCUCCGAUUGAGUAUAACACUUGGCUUGUCUUCCGGCGAGUCGUAGACCUGAUCCUGAUGUGUGAUUUUGUCUCUUACUGCCUGUUCGCCAUUGCCUGCGGGAGUCGUCCCGCGGAUGAGAGCUUCGCUAUGACCCUUACCCGCUGGAUUGUCGGUGUAGGCCUUGUAGGCUUCAAUCUCUGGGUCAAACUUGACGCUCACAGAGUGGUCAAGGAUUACGCAUGGUACUGGGGAGAUUUCUUCUACCUUAUCGACCAGGAGCUUACAUUUGAUGGCGUAUUCGAAAUGGCCCCGCAUCCCAUGUACUCGGUCGGCUAUGCAGGAUACUAUGGUAUCUCACUCAUGGCGGCAAGCUACAAGGUGCUCUUUAUUUCCAUUAUCGCACACGCCGCUCAAUUUGCCUUUUUGGUGCUCGUUGAGAACCCGCACAUUGACAAGACUUACAACCCGCCGCCGCCCCGGAAGCGGGCUUCCGAACACCAAUUGGAUGAUGCACACUUUGACGGCGAGAGCGUUCGAAGCUAUGACGAUUCCGCGGUCGCAGGCCAGCCCUCCGACUACCACAACGUCGUUGGAUUGAAGAACACCGACUUUUUCCGCGUUACCGACACGGCAGUCUACCUCUUGCACGCAUACUUCGUCGCCCUUGUUUUGUUGACACCUUCGACGCCACUUUACCAGACACUGUUUGUGGCAAAUGCUGUCGCGUGGCGCCUGUGGUAUAGCAUUGGCCUGGGCUUCGUAUUGGACCGCCAGUCGAACAAAAAGCUCUGGACACGGCACUAUGUCAAGUACGGCCAAACCACUGGCGAAGCGUGGAGGCAAUGGAAGGGCAUCUACCACAUUGCCAUGACCAUGUGCUGGACCAGCUUUAUUGGCGCGGCUUGGAAGAUGUACGCUUUGCCUCCUGCCUGGGACUACGGCUUGGCCUUGUUCAAACACGUCCUCGGCGCGUCUCUGAUCGCCCUCCAGAUUUGGACGGCUAUCAGCAUUUACGAUUCUCUUGGCGAAUUCGGCUGGUUCUUUGGCGACUUCUUCUUCGAACAGGCUCCUCGACUUAACUACAGCGGCAUCUAUCGGUUCCUCAAUAAUCCGGAACGCGUGUUGGGUCUUGCCGGGGUUUGGGGUGCCGUCUUGAUCACGGGCAGCAAAACAAUCUUCUUCCUUGCUCUCCUCAGCCAUGUCCUUACGCUCCUUUUCCUUCAAUUUGUGGAGAGACCCCACAUGCAGAAGUUGUACGGAAGGACUUUGCGUCAGCAAUCCGGCUUGGUCAAGAGUCUCCGACGCUCUCUCCCCCCACCUCUCAUGCAAUGGCAAGGUAACGUUGAGAAGAUUCUAGGUGAGACUGCAGAAUUCCUUGAGGAAUUCAUUGAAGCUGCCCGGCCAAGACUUGCCGCCGGCGUCGGUACUUUUGUCAAGGACUCUUCUGCUCUGCUCACUCACCCCGCGCGCAUCACCAUCUCCCGUGUUGCACCGGAUCUUGCCGAACACAAUCCCAAGGACUACUCCCUUGAAGUUGAAGGUACUCCCUCAUCGGCUCUCGCCAUCUCUGACCGCAUGAAUGAGAAGCAAGGUACCACGGCUCGACUUCCUAGCCAGGGCAGAAGCAACUUUAAGACCCUCAUGUUUGAAUAUGGUGCUCCGAUCAAGGUCAAGUGGACCGCCCCUCUGAAUCACGGCAAGAAAGACUGGAUUGGAUUGUAUAUGGUCGCCGACAAUGCUUCUCGUGAAGUCACGCGCAUUGCUUCUGCCGGUCGCUGGAUCGCAACCAACAAAGGCGAAUACGAUUCGACUAGUGUUGACAAGAGUAUUCUGGCCAGCGAUGUCCUGGUCUCUGGAUCGACUCAGCAGGACGGCGAGAACAAAGAUUCUUACUCUGGCGAGGUAGUCUUUGAAGGUGACAAGCUGUGGUGGACUCAAGGAGUCUUCGAGUUCCGAUACCAUCAUAAUGGCAAGCACAAUGUCAUGGCAAUCUCGCAGCCAUUCGAGAUCAGAAUUGGGCGCUUUGAUGAAGACGACGUCGAGCUCGAUGCGAGCGGCCAGAUCCGUGGCGCGGUUGAAGCUGCUUUGCUUCCUCUAGUGAGAAACUGCUUUGAUCGCGACCCGGAAAUCGCUCCGGACACAGUGGAUGAAGCGUUUGGCGGUCAAGUCGAACGCGAGGAGAAGUAUGCGAAGCGCGUUGUUUUUGCAGUGCAUCAAAUGUUCGGCAUCGAGUUUGCUCCAGAAGUUGUCAAAGCAGACGGCAAUGUCCGGAAUCUUGCCUGGAGAAUAUGCAAUGCCAAGAAGGUUUUGGCUCCAUAUAGUAUGUCGCCGUCCGUCGGCUCGAGCACGCCCGUUGAGCGAGUUUUCUAAACUGGCUCCUUCAUUUUUUUUAACCCAUUAGCAACCUCAUUCUCAUUCACAAAACCGGCAAACCAAUAAAUCCCUCCAACAUCAGGCAUGUUGAUUGUUGUCUUUUGGUCGUUUGUUAACAAGCCGGCCUUGAAAUGCGCAGGAAGAAAAGCUUCCAGAAGAGCAAGAUGAGCAAGAUGAGCUACACCAAAAGUGAUUUUGUGCAAUCUAUGCUGUGCUAUGCGUAUAUACGAUGUGAUGAAGAAGAUAUACUUUUUCUCUAAACAUAUAUUUUUGUAAGAAUUUGGAGCAGAGAGAUGAUGAUGACGAAGACGACGAAGAUAUCCGGAGUUUAAAAGCACCAUGAAGUGUCUUAGAAUGGCUUAUUCGCUGUUGAAGAAGCUAAGAAGCAGAGGAGAAAUGUACAUAAA